AUGAACUCUCAACAGAGUUACAGUAAGCAUCAAAAUUGUGAUCUUCCUAAUUUUUUCUCCGAGUUUCUCGAGCUUGAAGGUUCGCAGAACCUCCCAAUAUUCAGUCCUGAUUAUUAUUCUUCUGAAGGUAACUCCUUCACUACUAUUGAUCAUAAUGAAGCUGAUGAUCAUCAUCAUGAUCAGCAAUCUCAAAAGUCUCCAAAAUCUUCGGCCCAAGAUUUCACAACAAGCCGCGCGGUUGGGACGGAGUUUCCAAUAUUUUCCGAUGGACAUCAUCAUGAUUAUAUUCUUGAUCAUCAGCGAAAUGGGGUUGUUUUUUAUACUUCUUCCAAGGAAGCUCCGAGAAUUAGUGCUAAUAAACAGAGAAUAAAAUGGACUGAAGAUCUUCAUGAGCAGUUCGUGGAGUGUGUAAAUCGUCUUGGUGGAGCUGAGAUGGAGAAUAUUGAUCAAGCAUUUUAUUAUAUAGAGGCAACGCCAAAGAACAUACUGAAGCUUAUGAACAAGAAUAUGUUGACUAUUUUUCAUAUCAAGAGCCAUUUGCAGAGCUACAAAUUGUUGAUUAUAACUAAUAACUCGAUAUCGAUACAAAUCUUUGUGUUCUAUAUUGCAGAAAAAUCUGAGAACAUAGCCACUUCAGAUGGCACACUGGACAUGAAAAGUGGAAUGCAUAUAAAGGAAGCACUGCAAAAUGUCAAUAAUCGUCUUCAUGAACAACUAGAGAUUCAGCACAAUCUGCAGCUGCUUAUUGAAGAACAAGGAAAGCAAAUGAAAAUGAUGCUUCAACAGCAACAAAAAACAAACAAUAACCUCUUGAUGAAGUCUAUGCAUAUCACAGCCGAUUCUCAAAUGCAAGAUGAUCCGUGCAAUAGUUUUUCGACCGCAGAAUGUUCUGGAAGUUACCACUUUUCUAAUAUUAUCUAG